UACAAUUUGAAGUUUAUGCGAAGUUAUGCGAAGUAUGCAUAAUCAGACCAUAACAGUUUGUAAAGUAAUUUUAGUUCACUGUUAUAAGUGUCAUAGCCACGAAUUCGAAAUAUAUGCAUCUUAUUUUGGUGUUAAAAGAUUUUUUCAGCACCUAAACUUAUAAAAUUCGUUGUUUUUAUUAAAAUUGGCGAAAAUGUAAAAACAACCUUACGUCAAUAAACCUCAACCUUAACAAGAAUAUGUAGCUCUUCAUUUUAGCUACUAUUAGUAUUAUUUAGCUCUUGUUUUCGACCGUUUUAGCUCCAAACGAAAUUUUCUCUGGCAACACUGAUGGUGGCAGCCGACAUUCCGUCGACGAGUAGUGUAUUUGCUGGACCGCAACUCAAAAUUUUGUAUGGCAAAAAGCUCCCACUGGAAAUGCGCCUUCUCAUUUAUAAACGUUCUCUGGUAAAACCAGUGAUCACAGCGACUUCAAAAUGUUAGGACAAGUUUUACUGAGUGCCCUUUUGAUGAAAGCAUUUUCCAGCGGUUUGCCGGCAGCGCAGUUCAACUACCCUAAUGAUGCCAAGAAAUCUUUGCGAUCGUCUCAAGCAUAUGUUGAAUAUCCUUGGAUGGCUUUGUUAGAAUACACAAAACCAUUCGGUUAUACCGGUCAUCUCUGUGGCGGUUCACUGAUCAACUCUCGUUACGUUGUGACUGCUUCGCAUUGCGUCAAUGGUAUAACUUUGCCUAGCGAAUGGCAGAUAACCUCAGUGCGCUUGGGCGAAUGGGAUACCACAACAAAUCCUGAUUGUGAAGUUGAUGCACGCGGUGAAAAGGAUUGUGCGCCAAGACAUAUCGAUGUGCCCAUUGAAAGUGCUAUACCACAUCCGCAAUAUAAUCCUCUUUCGCAAAAUCAAAUUAACGACAUCGCACUUUUGCGUUUGAAAGAAACCGUCACUUUCACAGACUUCGUACGACCCAUUUGCUUGCCAAUGGACAAUUUACUUACCGACACUUUCGAUGAUGAAAUCAUGGAAGUGGCUGGUUGGGGCGAUGUAGAGUUAAAGUCUAAUGUUGAAUUGAAUGCUAAACUAACCGGAGUGUCGUUGGAGAAGUGUCGUCAUGACUAUCGUCCUCUCCGUGUUCAACUGGGGAGCACGCAAAUGUGUGCUAGCGGUAAAGAUGUGAAUUUGGAGCAUGGUGAUUCGGGUGGACCACUCAUGGUACGACGCAGGGCAAGCACAGGACGCAACCAUUAUUUUUUGAUUGGAAUCAUUUCAUUUGGCCAAAUAGAUUUUCCAUGUGUUUUUACCAAAGUAGCACCUUUUGUGGAGUGGAUGCAGGAGACGAUGCAAAUUUUACCCCUAAUUGAGCGCAUAAAGAAAAUCACACAAUUAGUCGCAUGGGAUCCCCAGGAUUCAGAUCGACUAUAUUUGAGCCGUAGUCAGUGUGGCUACCAAAAUGGCAAAGUUUUGAUUUGUUGUCCUGAUCGUUACCGAAAUUUCAUUAAAAUACCUUCGACUGCAUCUACCACCCAAUCACCACCUGUUACGCCUAGUAAUCUGCUGCCACAGCCCGGCCAGUGCGGUAAUGUGUUGUCGAAUCGCAUAUACGGUGGUAACGCGACGAAAAUUGACGAAUUCCCCUGGAUGGCACUCAUCGAAACCAGUGAUCACAGCGACUUCAAAAUGUUAAGACAAGUUUUACUGAGUGUCCUUUUGAUGGAAGCAUUUUCCAGCAGUUUGCCGACAGCGCAGCUUAACUACCCUAAUGAAGCGGUCGAUAAACGGAAUUUCGGACGUUGCAUUACGCCAAAUGGCAGACGUGGGUCUUGCAUAAUUUUGCAAGAGUGCAAAAAGCUGUACACUUUGCUCUUGAGCCAACCACUACACGAUGUGAAUAGACUGUACUUGAGUCAGAGUCAAUGUGGUUAUCUUAAUGGAAAAGUUUUGAUAUGCUGCCCUGAACAAAACACAAAUCCUUCUAUUCAGCCCCCAAUUGCCAAGAAAUCUGUGCCAUCGUCUCAAGCUGUGAAAAAGGCUGUACUCUUAGAUAAAACUUCUACGGAAUAUCCAAAAAUAAGAAAAUUACCACGUCCCGGCCAAUGUGGACAGAUGACAUCAAGUCGAAUUUAUGGCGGUAACGCGACAAAGAUUGAUGAAUAUCCUUGGAUGGCUUUGAUAGAAUACACAAAACCAUUCGGUCAUACCGGUCAUCACUGUGGCGGUUCGCUGAUCAACUCUCGUUACGUUGUCACUGCUUCGCAUUGCGUCAAUGGUAGAGCUUUGCCUAGCGAAUGGCAGAUAACCUCAGUGCGCUUGGGCGAAUGGGAUACCACAACAAAUCCCGAUUGUGAAGUUGAUGCACGCGGUGAAAAGGAUUGUGCGCCAAGACAUAUCGAUGUGCCCAUUGAAAGUGCUAUACCACAUCCCCAAUAUGAUCCUCAUUCGAUAAAUCAAAUUAACGACAUCGCACUUUUGCGUUUGAAGGAAACCGUCACUUUCACAGACUUCGUACGACCCAUUUGCUUGCCAGUGAAUAGCAAUUUACGUACCGCCACUUUCGAUGAUAUCAUCAUGGAUGUGGCCGGUUGGGGCAAAACAGAGUCAAAGUCCAGUAGUAAUGUUAAAUUGAAAGCUGAACUAACCGGAGUGUCGUUGGAGAAGUGUCGUCAUGUCUAUCGUCCUCAAAGUAUUCUACUGGAGAGCACGCAAAUGUGUGCUGGCGGUAAACAAGGUGUGGAUUCCUGCAGAGGUGAUUCGGGUGGACCACUAAUUGGACUAGGCACGACAAGCAGAGGACGUACCUAUUAUUUUUUGAUUGGCAUCGUUUCAUUUGGACCAGCGUCGUGUGGCUUAGAAGGCUGGCCAGGUGUUUAUACCAGAGUAGGACAUUUUGUGGAUUGGAUGCUGGAGACGAUACAAAUUUAAGUCUGAAAAGUAGUUAAUAAGUGAUUUGUUAAAUAUGGACUUAAAUAAUUCUUAUGUAUUUAUUUACUUGUAUAUGCAAGUGUGUUUGUGUGUAUGUGCUAUGUAUGCAUACAUAUGUAUGUACAUAUGUAUGUGUGUAAAUAUUUGUUUGUGCUCUAGGUUUACUAGUCUGAGUUUUAGC